UUGAAUGUAUUGACAGCUUCACUACAACGCCGUGCAUCUGAUAUCCAGCUAUCACCACUGUCCAUGAGACAAGGUCCUUGUCGGGUUGAAAUUUUGGGAGCUGCAAAGAAGCUCCGUGAAAUUUUAAAGAUCACCCACUUCACAAAACUCCAUGCCUUUUCGAAUUAGGUUUGACAAAGAUGAUAGAAAGCCGAAAUUUCAAGCUCACUAAUCCAAGAUGAUAGUGCACUGCCGAAGAUAACCAGAACAUCGGAGGGGUUCUGCUAUGAGUACCAUCUUUUGCCGCAAAUCCCAGUAAGAAACGGCAAAAACGGUGAUGAAUUUGUGCCAUUAAACAAAUAGCGGUAGCAAUAAUGGCGACAAAUCAAAAGAAACGACGAACAAUGAGAUAGCCACGUGGGAGCACGAGAUUCAGAAGCUUGUGGACAGCCCACAUUAUAACACACCCAUACAUUACACCUUGUGGAUCAGAUCCAGUUUUUGACAUUCAUAGAAUUCCAUUUUUCUGGGAAAAAUCAGAUGGAAGCAGUAGUUUUCCAGUCUCGAACCCUAAUCCGUUUCCCCAAUUUGGUCUCUUUCACAAGGAGGAGACCCAUUUUCACUUUGAAAGAGAUUGCAGAUGGGUAUCGUAGCAACAGCAUUCAAUUGGCUGUUUCAAGCAAUGGAAAAGAUGGAAACGCAGGGCAUCAGCCUGUUCGUAGAAGCUCUGCGCCUGGAAGAACCAGGAAGAAUGUGCCCUCCUUGAGAAAAACAGAUACCCAUAAGAAUGAAGACAUGAAAAAACCCAAAUCAAAUAACCAGGAGGAAAUAAUUGCUCUCUUUAGGAAGAUACAGACUUCCAUUGCUGAGGAAGCUGCAAGCUCCAUUGAUGAAGAUUCUAACAAGGAUGAAGAUGGAACUGAGUCUAUUUUGGAGGCUCUUACUGAAUCAAGGAAGCAAGUAAAAGGCAAAACUUUAAAGAAUGCAGGAGUUAAAGGGUUGAGAAGAAAAGACACAUCUGAAGCUGCUGCAGAAUUCAAGUUAGUACGGCCACCGUCUAACUUUGUGAAGAGAUCACCAAUCCCAACUCCGGCAGGAGGAAAUGGUUCGCAUCUUACAGUGGAGAAUAUGAAACUUAAAGAGCUGAAAGCAGUUGCAAAAUCUAGAGGAAUUAAGGGAUACUCCAAGUUGAAGAAAAAUGAGCUGCUGGAACUCUUGACAUCCUAAACCAUGGCAGACCAUUUUGGGUACACAUUCAUGGAGCUCAACAAAACCAGUCAUCACAGUAAAUCAUUGGUCUUUUGUGUUCUAAUUGUUACUUUUCCUUUUGUGUUCCUCGUUCCUACUCGUUUCACAUGUUUCAUUACAAAAUUACAAGUUUGGACCAUAACAUUCAAAAGCCUUUGUCCAUACAUUGAAUCUAUAACGAGUAUAAGACAUUGUUUGACAUUGUGAGAUC